AUGGAUGGUCGUGAUCUCGAUUGGUGGUACGGUCAAGGUUGCAUCCGUGCCCGCGUCUGCUACGACGUUGGCGGUGGCGAGGCGCAAAACAUCGAUGAGGCCGGCAUUGCCUACGCCGCAUCAUACUUGCGAUAUCUGGCCGACAACAACAACAACCCACUGUGGACUAUGUCGCCCGAGUUCGAUUGCUCCGAGUGGGGCUUGCCUGUCGCUGAUGCCGGAACUGUGCUUGUAUUAGCCAAACACAUUAAGCCACGCACCAACUCCUCGGUCACCUACUACGAUCUGGCUCGCACUAUCGAUGGUGGCGCGGAAGCUACACCUGAUCAGCUGGCCGCAUCUUUGCUGGGUGCAUGCGGAUCUGGAGGCGGCAUGAUGGGUGUUACGGUUGAUGACACGGACUCGGCAUACAACACACCUGCUUACAAGGCCUCAGGUGCAAAGCACCAGGAUCUUAUUGUCAAGGUUGUAAGAGCUCCGGCAGUUUGA